AUGGAAUAAUAAUACAUACUCUGCCCAUCGUGCAAAAUAAGUGUAGGUUUCUUAAGUUGUUGUACUUGCCAUAAAAAAUUUGAACUAGUCCUCUGUAAUGGGUUAUAAGUGAAUUGUCCAUUAUGCAUCGAUUGUAAAUUGGAUACCUUUUACUAAAGUGAUCAAGACGUAUAGUAACAUCAAUAAUGCCAUAGAAAUUCAAAAAGGAUGCUUUAUCAUUGUGAGUGUUGCAAUGGCUACUUUUGCAAGUGUGUAGAACGAUAAUUGAAAAGGUAAGUAACUUUAAAUCCAUGCCCAUUUUCUAAAAACAGAUGA